AUGCACACCUCCAUGAUCAAGUCCAAAUUCCUCAGUCACCCAGAGGACCUCGGCAUCGUCGCCGUCGGCUUCUCUGGUGGACAGGGCAAAGCUGGCGUCGACGUCGGCCCCCAAGCCCUCAUCGAGUCCGGCCUCAUCAACCAGCUCCGCGAUGAGCUGGGCUACAAGCUCCACGGCGACGAAGAGGUCCACCUCUACACAGACCUCGUCCCCGAGUCCGAUCCCCCCUACCGCAACAUGAAGAACCCCAAGCACGUCUCCUCCGUGACGGAGCGCAUCGCCGACCAGGUCUACCAGCAGUCCCGCCACGGCCGCCUGACGCUGACCCUCGGCGGCGACCACAGCAUCGCCAUCGGCACCAUCGCCGGCUCCGCAAAGGCCACCCGCGAGCGUCUCGGCCGCGAGAUCGCCGUCAUCUGGGUCGACGCCCACGCGGACAUCAACACCCCCGAGACCAGCGACAGCGGCAACAUCCACGGCAUGCCCGUCGCCUUCGUCACCGGUCUCGCCAAGGAGGACAAGCCCGAGUACUUUGGCUGGCUCGGCGACGAGCACAUGCUCAGCAUCAAGAAGCUGGUCUACAUCGGCCUGAGAGACGUCGACGCCGGCGAGAAGAGGAUCCUGCGGGAGAACGGCAUCAAGGCCUUCAGCAUGUUUGACAUUGACCGGUACGGCAUCGGCCGCGUGAUGGAGAUGGCGCUCGCGCACAUCGGCAGCGACACCCCCAUCCAUCUCUCCUUCGACGUGGACGCCCUCGACCCCCAGUGGGCGCCGUCGACGGGCACGCCGGUGCGAGGCGGCCUGACGCUGCGCGAGGGCGAUUACAUUUGCGAAUGCGUGCACGAGACGGGCAACCUCGUGGCGGUCGACCUCGUCGAGGUGAACCCCCGGCUGGCAAAGGACGAAGCCGGCGUGAACGAGACCGUGAGGGCGGGAUGCUCUCUGGUGCGGUGUGCCCUGGGCGAGUCGCUGUUGUGA